AUGUUUGGAGCGCUCGGAGGAUUACUAAGCCAAGACGGGGCCUCGCGUCUCUUGAGGUGGCCUCGCGCAGAGCACUUUCGACAGGUUGCCACCCAAAAUCCGCGAAGCGUUUCGACAACCGCCAAAAAUAUCCCUGCCUUGCCCUCGGAUGAGCCUCAUUGGAUUCAGGAUCUCUCUAUGGAGUUCUGGAACCGUCUGAUUGGAGGCUCAGGCUCUGCUUCGAGCGCUGUCAAUAAACAACCUCCGCCAAGGCACUGGCAGUCAUUACUACACUCCUGGCGCAACUCCCGUGAAUUCGAUCCGUCGUCGCAGGACCACCUGCGUGGUUAUAUAAAACGACUCAAUGAACUUCUAGUUGAGGAAGAGAAAAGCUCCUCUCCGUUAUGCAUGAACUUUUGUUAUGAGCAACAGGUGUUCAUUGCACUUUCAAAAAUUGGGCAAGCCGGUUCGCCCGGCGUUAUCAAAGAAUGUAUAGCAGCCUUUUCGACAUUGAUAGAUAACGAGGAUGAAGAAUUUUUGGCCCAAGAAAGCUUCUCCCAAAGCUUGAUCGGAUUCUUGCGAAAAACUGGCCAGAAAAGCCACAGGUCGUUUGAGGGAGAAUAUGUAGAGCUUUUAUUCAGUAUUGCCCAGAAGAUAAGGCUGAGUCGGGAUAUUCUACCUGCAUGGUUUACCACGCGGGCCGAUGAAGAAGGAGGGAGAGGUUAUGAAGGUCUGUGUCCGCAACAAAAGUUUGCUGGAAUCACCAACAAGGAUGAUUUCCCCCUGUUCUAUCUCUUGAUUGAUUACGUUCAUCACGAAGGGAGAGUGGGUGAUUUUGCCAGGACAGGCCUUCUUUAUAUCAUUGAGGCCGCAUCCACUUCGGGCGACUUGGAAAAGUGGAUAGUUGAAAGUGACCUUGCUACUCUGAUGGCAUCCGGUUUGGGUGCUCUAUACAGCCAACUAAGCAGAAAACUAGUGGUUGAUUACCCCACAGCGGACCCGCCCACCAUUCUGGUUCUUUCGGAUUGCUCCUCUUGCCCCUUAGCUUUUGGAGCUGAAAGCUCAACUUCAGAAGACUUUCAGACACAUCUAGAGACUUUCCUAUCGUAUCUAAUUUUCUGGCAGGAUGUGCUUGAGCACUGCAGAUCCACUGAGGUGAAGCAGACACUACUUGAUCAUUUUCAAGUCCUGUUUCUACAACAGCUGCUAUAUCCCUCGUUGUUGGAAUCGUCGGAUUUGGACGGUGGGUCCUCGGUUGCGGUUCUGACUUAUGUCCGGGUUGUUCUCGAUACUUUGGAACAUCCUGACAUUAUUCACCUGAUACUUUCUUACCUAAUGGCUCUACCGGACGAGACUAAAGCAGCGUCUGCUCCCUCAUCACCCUCCGUUGCGAAGCGAAGGAAAUCGCUUGAUCUCUUAAAUAAAGUUACUGAGAUGGACGACAAACCUUCGCCUGAUUUGUUUAACCUCGUCGACUUGGUAUUGACUAGUCUUAAAUCUAAGUCCCAACAAACAGUGUCCGCGACCCUAAAACUUAUCUCUACUAUAUUGAGAAAACACCACCCAUACUCAAUCUCUACGCUGUUGAAAGUAAUCCCUGUUGCAGCUGACGCUCAAUUACGCACCUUGGGUGCGCACAACAAAGAGAUGGAACUAUUUUUCUCGCUGGUGGGAGAUAUCUCGGAGGACGGAGACGUCUCUGAAAGCUAUGGAGAACAUUUGAAGGACGUAUUGAGUUUGUUGGAAUCACACCCUUGCUCAAUGAAAGUGCUUGCUUUAAAGAAUUCCGCGUUCGCGGGCGGAGCAGAAGAUGCUCGAGAACCCGAAAACCCAAAGGUCAGGGAUAUGUAUACGCACACUGUUCAUCCUAACGACCCACUACUCAGAAGUGUUGUGGAUUUGUUGAAAAGCUUUUUCUCCAACACUGUUGAGACCAAUCUGACUCUCACAGCCGUGAUUGUGGAUCUUGCGACUUGCUCAUUCAUGAGGCCAGAAGGUUGGCUAUUAUUUGAUCCGACUUCUUAUGAAUUUGACGACAGCGAUGACGAGCGAGAUGGUGAUGAGUGGGACCAACUUGAGGACGUUGAGAAUGAAUUGACCAGUAUUAUGGGGGAUAGUGACGAGCAAGCCUAUCGGCGCAAGGAGAAGAAGCGAGCGAAAGACCUAAAGCGGGCAAACCGGCAACCAAGAUGGACAAAUACACCGCCAAUUCUUCAAGCUAUUGAGGAUUUAGUAAGCCAGGUCCAAGCUUACCGAAGAGCUAUUCCAGAUUUAGACGAUAAGCUAUCGGAGAGGAAGCGCGCGUUCCAGUUUACAGAUGAAUUAAAUGAUGCUUUACUAUCUAGCCCAUUGCCGCAGCCUACACCCCCUACCCGAACUUCAGUUCUAGAUUCUAUUUCUGCAAAGAAUCUUAUGAGACCCUCCAGUGCACAUACGCCAAUCGUCCGCUCUCGGCAACCCUCCGGUGGUUCAGGUCACUCGACUCCAGCCCCGAAUUCGCUUGUGCCUACUAGAUCCACGAUAUCUACACCUUCACCGGCGCAUGGGAUAUCUCCAUCGGUGGGUUUAGCCAGAUCUCCCGAAAGUCCUUUUAAUCAUCACAUGUUGGAAACCACGCAGCGAAGAAUCAGGGUAUUGCGACCAGGACAAGCAAUACUACAUCUCCCACCUCCACCCGAAGGUGAGAGCAGAGAGGGAAGCGUUACGGGAAUAGAAACACCACCGACAAUGGGGGAUUUUGUAAGGGUCGGGGGAGACUUUACGUUAAGCCAUUUGUUGACCAAUAUCAUGGUCCUUCGGGAAUUUGUGCUGGAACUGGGUGCCUUGGUUCAAGUUCGAGCAUCUUUGUUUGGGGACCUUAGGUUUGCCUAAAAGAGCGUGGACUUGGUCCGAAUUUUUCUGUUUAUGGGCUUGCCCCACAGAUAUCAUAGCGUGCUCCGAGUCACUUAUUUUCCCCUGCUUCUUGCUUCUCUACAAAUAUUUUUUUCCUUUCAUUUCAGAGCGUGUAGGCAUCGCAUCGCAUCGGUGUAUAGUAUGACCGCACGGACCUGUGAUGCCGAAAUUUAUGGGGUCCC